AUGGCUGAUGAGAAGCCACGAAGAAAACUAAUUUUACAUUUUGAUGCCAGGAAUACUUUGUUUCUGUCAGAUAAAAGUUAUCGUUUCACUAUUGAAGAGGCACUGAACAGUUACAUUUCUGGAAUUGUAUGGGGUCAAUUAAAAGAAAAAUCUGAAAAAAAUGAAAGUAAUGAUGUACAAAACAAUUCGGAAACUAUCUUACCAAUGGAUUGUAAUCAAGAUCAUUCAAGUGAUAUGAUUGAAAUAAAUGAAAGUCAAAGUGAAAGUAUAAAACCUGUAAAGUAUCAAGUUCUUAACGAAAUGAAUCCAAAUCUAUAUCAUGAAGUUAACUCUUGUAAAACAACAAUAACCACCCCCACAACAACAACAACAACAAAAACAAUCACAACUCCAAUGGAUACUCGUCAACCAUAUGAAGGUGAAAAUUUUGAAAAUUUAACAUCAAAUGAAUUAGCUAAUUUUAAAUCAACAUUAGCAUGUUGGAAUCGUUUACCAAUACCAUUAUGUAUUAAACAACCACAACCAAAUGCAAUAAGUAUAUAUAAAUUAUUAGAGAAACAAAUUGUUAAAAUAACAUCUGAUAGAGGUAGAAUAAGAAGAUAUUUAGGUAAUUUUACUCAAACACCAGAAGGUUUACCAUAUCGUAAUUUAUUUAAUGAAUAUUUAGAAAUGUUAAAAUUAACACCAAUUGAAUCUAUUAAUUCACCAUAUUGUUUAUGUGUAAAUAGUGGAAAUAUUAAUAAUCACCAUGGCAACAACAAUAAUAAUAAUAAUAAUAAUAAUAAUAAUAAUGAUCAUAUAAAUAAGAAUGAAGAUAAUCAUUAUUAUCAUUAUUUAAUGCCAGCUUUUUAUCGUUUAUUAACAUGGCUUAUUGAAACCAAUCGUCAAUUUGCUAUAUUUAUACGUACCUAUGGUAAAGAUGGUGAACAUAUUUUAUCAGCUAUUGAAGCAUAUAUUCAUGGUAAACAUUCACAAGAGAAAGCACCAUUCAAUGCUAAACAAUAUAUAUCAAUUGAUUAUACUAAAUGGUAUUUAAAACGUUCUGAUCAUGAACCAUUAUUUCAAUUUAUUAAAGAAAUUCCAAAUAAAGAUCUAUUAGAUCCUAAUAAACAAUUUAUUAAUAUAUCAAAUAAUCCUAAUGAAAUUUAUCAAAUAUGGUCAAAACAAAUUGGUGUACUUCAUGUUAUAGAUGAUUUCAAUUAUUGGAAAUCACAUAAUUAUCAUUAUAAAUCAUCGAAACCUUUAUGGUUUAAUCCAUAUGAUCCAUAUAUUCAACAUAUAUUAUUUGAUGAUAAUAUACGAUUUGAAGAAGAUGGUUCUAAUGUCAUUGAUUUAUAUCAACUUAAUACUACUACUACUAGUGGUAGUAGUACUGGUAAUGGUAAUGGUAAUAAUAAUGAUGAUGACAUAACCUCUUCAAAAUCGAAUCAUUAUCAUCAUCUUGAUAAUAAAGAAGCUAUGAAAUGGGAAAAUAUUUAUUAUGUACAAGCGGAUUUAUUAAAUAUAAUUAAAAAUAGAAAUUAUUUUAUUGAAAAAGUUAAUGA